UCCAGUGUCUCCCCGCGGUCGUCCUCCUUCCCGCUGCCCGCGCUCCCUCCCUGCUGUCCGGCUGCGUGGGCAGGCUGCUGGAGGGGGAAUGGUCGCGUCCUCGCCCGGGAACUUUCACGUCACGCCGACAUUCAUCUGAGCAGGAAAAUGGCCGUGCAGAACCUCAGCUGCCAUUACAACGAGCCCAUGGGCUUCUUCUACAACAGCAGCGGCGCCGACGACAAGUGGAACAGGACGCAGCUCAUUUUGGUCCAAGUGGUGGGUUCACUCUUCUGCUGCUUCAUCCUGUUCUCCAACGCCAUGGUCAUCGCCGCCGUGAUCACCAACAAGAAGUUCCACUUCCCCUUCUACUAUCUCCUGGCCAACCUGGCCGCCUCCGACUUCCUGGCGGGCAUCGCCUACGUCUACCUGAUGUUCAACACGGGCGAGGUGUCGCGGAAGCUGACGGUGAAAGGCUACUUCAUCCGCCAAGGUCUGCUGGACAUCAGCCUGUCCGCCUCGCUGGCCAACCUGCUGGUCAUCGCACUGGAGCGCUACAUCUCCAUCAUGAACAUCAGAGUCCACAGCAACCUGACCAAGAGGAGGGUGACCCUGCUCAUAGUCCUGGUCUGGGCCAUCUCCAUCCUGAUGGGGGCCGUGCCCAGUCUGGGCUGGAACUGCAUCUGCAACCUGAGCGACUGCUCCCAGCUGGCGCCCCUGUUCAGCAGGAGCUACCUGGUCUUCUGGUCCGUCUCCAACCUGGUGGUCUUCCUGGUGAUGGUGGCCAUCUACAUGCGGAUCUACACCUUCGUCAAGAUGCAGAACAACAUGUUCACGCAGCACAGCGGGGUCUCCGUCAACCACAAGAGGGCGCGCAUCAAGCUCAUCAAAACCGUCAUGGUGGUGCUCGGAGCCUUUGUGGUCUGCUGGACCCCCGGCCUGGUGGUCCUGCUGCUGGACGGCCUGCACUGCACCAGCUGCAAGGUGAUGAAACUGAAGCGCUGGCUGCUGCUGCUGGCCGUGCUCAACUCCGUCAUGAACCCCUGCAUCUACUCCUACAAGGACCAGGAGAUGUGGACCACCUUGAAGAACCUCCUGCGCUGCAUCGGCAACGGCACGCGGCGCCAGCGCUCCACGCGGGCCAACACCCGCCCCUUAAGCUCCGCCUUGGACACGGGCGCCAGCCAGCCUCCGUCCGAGGAAACCAAGAACGAGGACGAGGAUGUCUUUUGGACCUGAGAACGAUAUUGGUCUUCUUGAAAGAACACGUGGACCGCCUGAAAGCGGACGAGAAGAUCCUCUGUGGUCUGGAGUCCACCCUGAGACAAACCUUGCCUUGGAUCUCACAGAACCUCUGGGUCAGGUCCAACUGAGAGGACACCUAGCUGCCAGUCGGCCGGCGAGAACAUCAGCGUUUUCUCUUGCCACAAUCGCACCCUCUUCAAAACACAGCUGGAGACAAACGUGUUUUAUCUCUCAAAAACUCUAUUGGAGCAUCUGCACUGCAUCUUCACUGCACCCUCACCGCACCUUCACCACACCUUCACUGCACCCUCACUGCAUCUUCACCGCACCCUCACCGCAUCUUCACCACACCUUCACUGCACCUUCACCGCACCCUCACCGCAUCUUCACCGCACCCUCACCGCAUCUUCACCGCACCCUCACCGCAUCUUCACUGCACCCUCACUGCAUCUUCACCGCACCGUCACCGCAUUUUCACCGCACCCUCACCGCACUUUCACUGCAUCUCCACCGCACCCUCACUGUAUCUUCACCGCAUCCUCACCGCAUCUUCACUGCACCCUCACUGCAUCUUCACCGCACCGUCAGCGCAUCUUCACCCCAUUUUCACCGCACCCUCACCGCAUCUUCACCGCACUUUCACUGCAUCUUCACCACACCCUCACUGUAUCUUCACCGCACUCUCACCGCAUCUUCACCGCACCCUCAUUGCACUCUCACCGCAUCUUCACCGCACCCUCACUGCAUCUUCACCGCACCGUCAGCGCAUUUUCACUGCAUCUUCACUGCACCCUCACCGCAACUUCACCGCACCCUCACCGCAUCUUCACCAUACCCUCACUGCAUCUUCACUGCACCCUCACCGCAACUUCACCGCACCCUCACCGCAUCUUCACCGCACAUUCACUGCAUCUUCACUCCACCCUCACUGCAUCUUCACCACACCCUCACUGCAUCUUUGCUUCAUCCUUUCUGCAUACUCACUGUAUCUUCACAACAUAUUUACUGUUCCCUCACUGCAGCAUCACUGGAUCCUCACUACAUCUUCCCUACAACUCAACUGCGUUUCCUCCAUCUUCACUUCUAAACUGCAUUUUUACUGCAUCUUCCUUGUACUUUCACUGCAUCUUCACCUUAAUGUCACUCCAUCUUCACUGCAUCCACAACGCACCUUCACUGUUCCCUCACUGCAGCUUCACUGUGUCAUCACUGGAUCCUCACUACAUCCUCACCACAUAUUUACUGUUCCCUCACUGCAUCUUCACUGCGAGUUCACUGGAACUUCCAUGCAUUUUCACUCCAUCUUCACUGCAUCUCCACUGCUUCUCCAUUACAGCCAAACUGCAUCUUUACUGUUUCUUCACUGCACCUUCACUGCAUCGUCACCCAUACUUGCCAACCCUCCCAGAUUUUCCGUGAGAAAUUCAGUGCCUCUCCCGAAAACCUCCCGGGACAAAUUUUCUCCCGAAAUUCAGGCCACGCCCCCUCCAGCUCCAUGCGGACCUGACUCAGCAAUGUUGUGACCCUCUUAAACAGGACAAUACUGCCAUCUACUGUACAUAGAAUAGAAUAGAAUGUACUUUAUUGAUCCCUGGGGGAUAUUCAGCACCACAGUUUGCUCACAACAAACAAUGAUAAUAAUAAAUAAUAUAAUAUAUGAAUAAUAUAAAUAUAUUCUACAUUUAAGUGCAGUCAAGGAACAUGCAUUAGGGACUCUGUUCUGAAGCCCUCAGUAAAGAGACGUAACUUCAUCAUGUCGCCUGGUUAUUGACUCCAACCCAAUAUAUUACACUGUCGACGAGCAAAAUGAAGAAAAACGCUUGCAAGUUCCAAAACGAAUGGAAACAAGAAUUUCAGUUUAUCCAGGAGAGUUGGAAGGGGAAGGGGUAUGUUGCCUGUAAAUUUUGUAGAACAGACUUCUCCAUUGAACACGGUGGCCGAACGGAUAUACUCAGCCUUGAACGGUCAGCGAAGCACAAAGCGUCCGCAGCGCAGCAUCGUUCACAACCCAGUAUUAUGGGCCACCUCGCAAAAUGGAGACCCGAUGGUGUAACUUAUGUUGAGACAAAGAUGGCUAUGCUGAUAGCUGGAAGCAACAUCCCGUUCUCCUUUGCGGAUGUCUACAACAAAUCCUUGAAGGAUGUUCCCGGAUUCGGAGAUCGCUCGUCAGUACGCAAAUGGCAGAACAAAGGUUACUCAAGUAGUGAAAGGUAAGUGUUGUUGUUUGUUUUUUUUAGCAACCAGCAAGCACAGUACAGUUAGUAGAACAAUUGUGUUUUUAUUACUGUUUAUUUGGUAGGUGCUGUCAGAAAUUCAACUAUUUCUUUUUUAUAUAGCUAGAAUUCACUGAAAGUCAAGUAUUUCAUACAUAUAUAUAUAUAUAUAUAUAUUUUUUUUUUUUUUUUUUUUUUUUUUAUAUAUAUAUUUUUAUACAUGAAAUACUCCAGUUGGUGAAUUAUACUCCUCACCUCAUAACCACACCACCCACCCCCCAUCUCCCGAAAUCGGAGGUCUCAAGGUUGGCAAGUAUGUCUUCACCCCAUCCUCACUGCAUCUUUACCACAUAUUUACUGUUUCCUCACUGCAGUUUCACUGCAUCUUCGCUUCAUCUUCACCACAUUUUCACUGCAUCUUCGCUUCAUCUUCACCACAUUUUCACUGCAUCUUCAUUACAUCUAAACUGCAUCUUCACCACAUAUUUACUGUUUCCUCACUGCAGCUUCACUGGAUCUUCACUGCAUCCUCUUCACUAUUGAAUCCUUUUCAAAAUACAACUUGCUUCUUUUCCAGCUGGAGACAAAGAUUAUUUAUCCCUCAAAGACUCUAUUGGACAUCUUCACUGCAUCCUCUGUUUUUAUAUGGCUUACUGUAUGCAAGUCACUUCCUGUUUUUUUUAUUCCGAAAGGUUUGUUGUGGGGGUUUUUUUACACAGAAUUUUUGUUAACAUCAAAUUAUGUUGACGAUUUCAUUGAAUGAAAAUGUGUUUAGAAUUCAGUGUGAAAAUAUUCAGGCAAAAAAAAAGUGGAGAGUUAAUUUAGGUGAGUUUUGAAGUAACAAAUAUGUCUGCACUGAAUGUAUAUACACUGCAUUUUUUGUGAACUGUAGUUUUGUUUUUACAUGAAAUGAUGCUGUCAAUUUCAUUGAAUGAAAAUGUGUAAAAGUGUGUAAAAUAUCUGUGUAAAGUGUUCAUUCAUUGUAUACACAUUCAGUGUAUAAAAAAUCCCUAUUAAAAUUCAGUGUAAAAACA